UCCGGCUAGCUUCACGGCGGACUGUGAGAGCGACCAGAUGGAAAUACCGCACUGUCUUCUUAACAGAUUCCUCACAUUUUAAACACUAUCAGACACAUUUCUAGCUGACUUUGCUGCUGACAAACAGCCCUGGGAGGCUCGGCUGCUGCUGUGAAGCGGGACAGAAGCGGAGAAGACAUUUAGAGACAUUUAAAGACAUUUAAAGACACCUCUAACCCGAACAUCUCCUCCACGACCAACAGGAAGUAGCAGCUUUACAGAGAGGAAAGAGAGAGGUCCCAAGGCGAGUGUGUGUGUCCAUCAUGCCGCUGUUUGGUAAAUCCCACAAGAGUCCGGCGGACACCGUCAGGACGCUUAGGGACAACAUGGCCAUCCUGGUGAAACAGGACAAGAAGACGGACAAGGCGUCUGAGGAGGUGUCCAAGUGUUUGGUGUCCAUGAAGGAGAUUCUGUACGGCAGCAACGACAAGGAGCCUCACACGGAGAUGGUGGCCCAGCUGGCCCAGGAGCUGUACAACAGCGGGCUGCUGAUAUCGCUGGUAGAAAACCUGCAGGUCAUCGACUUUGAGGGGAAGAAGGAUGUGAGUCAGAUCUUCAACAACAUCCUGAGGAGGCAGAUCGGUACGAGGUGCCCCACUGUGGAGUAUUUCUGUUCCCACCAAGAGGUCCUCUUUAUACUGCUGAAAGGGUACGAGACGCCGCAGGUAGCGCUGACUUGCGGGAUCAUGCUGAGGGAGUGCAUCCGCCACGAGCCGCUCGCCAGGAUAGUCCUCAAGUCGGAUCACUUCCACAGAUUCUUCACCUACGUGGAGAUGUCCACCUUCGACAUCGCCUCUGACGCCUUCGCCACCUUCAAGGAUCUCCUGACGAGACACAAAGUGCUCGUGGCUGAAUACCUCGGGGAGAACUACGACGCUGUGUUUGCAGACUACGAGAAGCUGCUGCACUCUGAGAACUACGUCACCAAGAGGCAGUCCAUAAAGCUCCUGGGCGAGCUGCUGUUGGACAGACACAACUUCACGGUGAUGACGUGCUACAUCAGCAAGCCGGAGAAUCUCAAGCUGAUGAUGAAUCUACUCCGAGACACGAGCCCCAACAUCCAGUUUGAGGCCUUCCACGUCUUCAAGGUUUUCGUAGCGAACCCCAACAAGACGCAGCCCAUCCUCGACAUCCUGCUCAAGAACCAGACCAAACUAAUCGACUUCCUGAGCAACUUCCAGACGGAUCGCACAGAAGACGAGCAGUUCAACGACGAGAAGACCUACCUAAUCAAACAGAUCAGGGAACUGAAGAAGCCGGCCUCCUAGAGGAGCAAAACCCUCCCAACCGCCCUCGACUUUUUAUCGAUAGGAAGACAUCCAGUAGAAAAAAAAACACAUUAACAAUAUCGGUUAUUCUAUUUCAAAGACGGUUUCUUGUCUUUUUUUUUUCUCUUUGUCGGUUCAUUCAAAAAGUUGUUCAACAGUAGUUCUCAAUCACUGAUCUUUAUUUUGUAAAUUGUUCUCAUGAUUUUUGUUUUUGUUCAUCUGUAGCAUGUAGUGCCACAACUCAUGGUGUUGGAGGCGGCUGAUUUGCUCUGUUGGGAGAACCAGCGGUUAAAAAAAAAGCUGUCUAUUUAGUCGCUGCACACGACUUAAUUUCUUACUGUUUAAAUGAAGUAGCUGCGAAUUUAAAAAAAUAUGAAGAAUUUCUGCUUUUUUUUUUUUUUUUUUUAAACCUGGGUCAACGUGUCAAAAAUUACUAAAAGUUAGCCAAGCGUCUCUUUUUCAUUGUACUUGCCAAAACCAAUGAUUGCUCAAGUUUUCUCCCUCUAAAACUGAAAAAACAUCAUAUAUAUUAACAGAUAUUAGCAGGCUGACUAAACGAUACAUAAAGGCUGAUUUGUCUCUCCAAGAUCACAAACAUGUGGCACUAGUAAGACUGAGAAUUGGUGUUUUAAGAACUGGUUUUACAACAAGAAUCGCCAACUAAACUAGCAACUGUCGGAAUAUUAUCCGUCUUUUAAAUGAAGGGCCUUCUUAAUUGACAUUGGGGCUGCUCUCGGUACAAUCAUUUUGAUCACUGGUUCUCUUUGCUGGUGGCACUUUCUGUAUGAUAAUAUGAUUUCCACUGUUUUCACACUGCUUGAGGGUUUUAUAUAUAGUUUCAUUUCUUGUCAUGUACAGUUUUCUGGUUCGUACACCUGAAGUGAGUGAGAACAUUAACAGGAGGUUUCUCUCUGUGCUGUAAAUGGUGUUUUUUUUGUUGCUCUGACGUUGGUGUUUAGAAACAGGUUCAGAGGUUUCAGAGGUGCCUUUUUGGGUUUGGUGUGUUUUUCCCUUCUUUCCUUUUUGUAUUUCCUGUAUCUUUCUAGGAGGGAGCUUAAUUAUUCUGUUAAUGAAAAUAUGCUCUGGAUAGAACAUAUUUGUUGUGAUUAAGCAGUGAACCUCUUAACUCACUAUAUUUGAGUUAACGCUUGUCAAGGAGCUGAUUGUGCACAGACCAGGGUUACGGUUUCACGUAGAGUUUGACGCCGAAGCAGCGCUGAUUACGAACCACUUCGGCUAAAAAAACUCAUCUGGGAACUUGUCGCAGAGUGAGGCCAAAGUUUUAACUGUGAAAAAUCCACAUAAAAAGUGAUACUUUUAAAGUGCUGUUGGUUUUAUAUUUGGCUUAGAAAUGGAGAAAAAAAUCUGAUUUCCAGUUCUUAUAAAUGACAUUUUAUGUCAGCAAAUGUCUGAAUAUAUUUCCCAGUCGAUAUUCGAUGUGCAUCAUUAGGCUACUUUAAGCUCCCACAUGUUUAAAAAAAAAAAUCUCUUUAAUUAGGACACUUUAAACAGUAAAUU